GACCGGGUUCAUUAAUACGUAGAGAGGAAGGGGAGGAGGUGGACGGCUCUUCUUCUAUGAUGCGCUGAGCGCUGCUGUUUCAUUUCACCACCGCCUCCGAGCAGCUCACUCCUCCCUCUUCCUUUAGGGUUUAGGCGUUAUCUCUAAAUUUCGAUGAAAAGUGCCAACAUUUUCGAUUAUCCUUUUGUACCCGCAGCCUCGCCGAGAAGACCACUCCACCGAGCCGCGAAGAGAGAAGUUUGAAACCCGCCCAGCUGCUGCUCAGGAGAAACGCCGGAUCCGAGGUCUCACGAUCCUACACACCGCUAUCUUUUAGUUAAAUUUUGUAUUUUUUUGGGGGAGGUUAUCAUCGACUUCAGUGAAGUUUUAUUAGUAAAAAAUCUUCCCUGAGAGGACCGCUCAUCCGCCCGGCAUCAUGACUCGGAGAUCCUGUGCCAUUUACGCCACCGGGAUCGUGUGCGCUCACCUCCUGAUAGUGGGGAUCGCCCUGGUCGUGGCUCAAGUCUUCCAAACAAUGAUCCACAGCCGGUUAAAAAAGGAAAUUACUUUGACAGAGAAGAGCCAAAUGUUUGAAGCAUGGAAGAAUCCACCUCCACCUGUUUACAUGGAGUAUUAUUUCUUCAAUGUGACCAAUGCAGAGGUGUUCUUGGCAGGCGGGAAGGCAGCUGUUAAACAGAUCGGACCAUAUACUUACAGGGAGUACCGGCCGCGGGAGAACGUCACUUUCCUGGAAAACGGCACCAAGCUUUACGCCCUGAACCCCAAAACCUUUGUGUUUGUGCCGGAGAAGUCAGCCGGUAACCCCGAGGUCGACAUCGUCAGGACUGUGAACAUCCCCUUCGUGGCGAUCAUGAGCGAGCUGAACUCGUACUCCUUCUUCCUGCGAACUUUGGUUUCCAUGUACAUAAGGAGCCUGGGCGUCGAGGUGUUCAUGUCCCGCACUGUCCACGAGGUUCUGUGGGGCUUCAAAGACCCUCUUCUAACAAAGGUCCACGCUAUGAAGCCCGAAGUGGACGAAUAUUUUGGGCUGAUGUGGAAGAAAAACGGCACCCAUGAAGGAGAGUUUGUGUUCCACACCGGUGAGGAGAACUACAUGGAUUAUGGCAAGAUCGACACGUGGAACGGCAUGAGGGAGAUGUCAUGGUGGUCUUCAAAUCAGAGCAACAUGAUCAACGGUACGGACGGCGCGGUCUUCCACCCUCUGAUAAACAGGAACGAGCUGCUGUACAUCUUCGCUGCGGAUCUCUGCAGGUCUAUCCAUCUAGCCUAUGUGAAAGAUGUGGAGGUGAAAGGCAUCCAGGCGUACCGCUUCGCCCCCCCUAAUGACGUACUCAUGAACCCCAUAGAAAACCCCACUAACGCGGGCUUCUGCGUGCCGGCUGGAGACUGUCUCGGCACCGGGCUGCUUAAAGUCAGCGUUUGUCGAGAAGGUGCUCCCAUCGUGGUGUCUUUCCCCCACUUUUAUCAAGCAGACCCGAAGUACAUCAACGCCGUUGAAGGGCUCAGCCCCAACAAGGAGGAACACGAGACCUACCUCGACCUGCAACCGACCACAGGGGUUCCCAUUCGUGCCUGCAAGAGAGCUCAGCUCAAUAUCAUCCUGAAAAGAGUCCAAGGCUUCCCCAAAACCAAGUUCAUCAACGAGACCAUUUUCCCCAUCAUGUUCGUCAAUGAGACGGCGACUGUUGACGAUCAGUCCGCCUCCCAGAUGAGGACGAUGCUCCUAAUUGUGACUCUUGUGUCAAACUUCCCUUUGCUCAUCGUGGGCAUGGGCAUCAUCUUGCUGCUGGUGCUCGUCGUCUUGUUCUGCCGAAACCGCCAGAAGAAGAAUGAAGUAAAACGUAUUGAUUUUACUGAAGCUUUUCAUUCUUUUACUACGGUGAAAGACGACACGGCCUACACUCAGGUCAGCGACAAACCCGACGAGCCGUCAGAAACGCCAGCAAGCCAGCCAACAAGGAACGGCUCCUACAUUGCCAUGUCUCCAGUGGAGGCCCAGAAGUGUUGAUCGAGGAUCCCCUCCCCAAGUGUGGAGCUCAGGAAGGGGGCUGAGGGAGCAGCACAGGGGUGUUACAUUACCAUGGAUGGGGGUUUGCUUACACAGCGGGCAAAUUUUUACUUAUUUUGAGGGGGGGAAUAGGGAAAGGGGUGGGACACAAACCCCAGUAGAUGUUUAGACAACAAAGACAUUGCGCCUCUCACUGAGCCCUCUUAUGACUGUCUGUCCUCCUCUACUCUACCUGCUGAGCAUGGCCCUCGCUGCCUGCCCUACUGCAAAACUCCCACACUCUCAUUCCUCUUUUCCAUCCUGGUCGGCCUUAAGGGACUCUGGGCGCAGCCGGCCAGGACAAGCCUUUUUUCCGUAAUUCUUCUGAGGGAACACGUAGCGUAGGUGUCGCUGUCGCACACGGAUGCAUGAUCCGCCGAGCAGACUCUGCCGACUGAUACUGCUCAAGGAGUGUUUUAGUAUUCACCUCAACAACGGUGGGUGUUGUUACCGACGUAUUCCGGCUCCUUGCCUCUGCAUCAGUGGGGAAAAUUCAAGCCAACAGAUUUUUCUUAGGACAAAACUCUGAGCUCCUUUGCUCAGAGGAUAACAUGGUUUUGCUAAUAUAAUCAGAACUUGGCAUAUCCUUUUUGUAACAAAAAAAAAAAAGGCAGAGGAAAAAACACUGAGCCAAACUAUUUAUAGCAUUUAUGCCUUUUUUUGUUUUUCCUAAGGUGAAUAAUUGCACCCACACACACACACACACACAGCACUUCCAGUAUCUGUUAGUGAACGUGUGUGUGCACCUUUAUCUGACACUUAGUGUCCUGUUUUGAUGGAAAAUGGGAAACUAUUUGUCUUGAUGCAGGCACAGUGUAGUGAAACUUGGAAUCAUUGUGAUUUUUGAUCCCCUCUCUCAACCUCUUCAGAACACUAGCUAAAACAAUAUUCCGCAGCAUUUCCAAGUUCAUCAUUAGUGAAGGUGAAAUUAAUAAGGGUUGCCACCAGUAGCUUGAUAAAGUUGUACCUUUUUUUUUGGCUUCAUCACACAUUCAAAAAAAGAACCCACAGAACUUACAAGGGAGACUUGAACCUGCUUUCUGCCUUAUGAUGGUUCAGCGUGUUCUUUAUGUUCAUACAUUGUUCAAAUAAGCUGGAAAUCUCUUCUGUCAUUAUUGUAUAUAUGUAAAAGGGGACAUGUUGAGAUGCCUCUGACCAAAUCCAGCAAGCAGUCCUUCUAGGUGUGCUGAAAGACACUAACUUUGCUCUGGUGUCGACCGCUCCUGCACGUCUACACUGUUACUUAUUAGAGAAAGCACAAUUUGGACUGCUAAAACCAGUCCUCACACAAGACUACCAGGUUUUUAUUUUGUCCUACUUUGAUAUAUAUUUACAGCCGAUUUGUCAAAAACACUGUCAAAGUGCCGUGAAUAUAAACAAAAAAAAAAAAGUGGACUCAUUGGGCGUUUUGAGGGAGCCCUGUGCACCACUCGCCGCUGUGCAGUCAUUCAGUUUGCCAAGGAGCUGUAGGCAUUCAGGCAAAACGCAGCACACAGCACUUGAAUCACUGUUUGUCUUAUGUUUCAUGUCUUCUCGUUUUUCUGUCCGCCACACUUGUCUCGUUACGUCAAACCCUGCGGUAGUCGCUAAUGGGAAGUGAAUUUAAGGCCAUAAUACUGUCGACGUGGAAAAUUCCCCGCACUUUGCCUGGAAAUUGUGCCCUGUGUAUUUUCGUUUUUUUUUUUUUUUUUUUCUUUUUUUUUUUUUGUCCCGUUCAUUUCGGUGCAGGUGGUCCAUAUGUUCAAUACAUCUCAAUGAUUUGUUAGUAUUGGUUAUGAAGGAUGCUGAUGUAAAUGAACACACAUCCAUGCCUCUGUUACUUGCUUUUCAGCAGAUGGAGUGUCUUCUUUUGAUAUACUUUUGUAUUUUGUUAUUGCUGCUAAAACAAAUACCAUAACCUAUGGACUUGUAUUUGUACAUACGUGUACAUUCUCUUUCAGGUUGAUCCGCAGAGGCUUUUUCUUUAAGGCUUUCUGUGUUGCCAACCCCUUUUGACACCUGAGCACAAGAUACAAAGCCCAAAGCUUGCUGCCAUUUAAUGGAAUUAGCAGUUACAGUUAUUACUAGCAACACUUUUUGUAAAAUGUAUCUCACUUAACACACUCAUUCCUCUUAUUAGCAGAUCGUGACCAUAUCACAUGUAUUGUUGGAGUUCAUUAUAGGCGUAGUAAACUUAACGGUUCGCUGGAGGUGCCCAAAAAGCGAGCCGCUUCGUCUAAGAUCGGUGUCAGAAGUCUUAUUCCGGGAUUAAUAACACUGGUGGAGAAGUUGAAAGUAUUCCUUUAAGGUUAAAUCAAUUCACUAAAUGCCUUUUUUAUUCCAUCUACAGGCAAGCAACCGCCGCCUUGUGCAAACUCACAGUCCAUCGUUAUCCACCUUUUUAAAGACUUGAACCGUAGAGCCCUUAAUCCCGAGAGUCGUGUGUGUGUGUGUUUUGCUGCUCGUGCAGCGUCUGUUUAAACACACACCUGAGCCAUCCACUGUCUGACUUCUACACCGACCUUUGAGUCCAAUCCUUCGAGCCCAUUGGCUCAUCCCUGCUUGACCAAAGAUAACCUAAUAGAUCUGCCCCAGCACCGUGUUUACUCUCCUCUGUGAUAACGGUUGUACCACAAAACCACCGCUCACCUAAUUAUUUCUUUUUUUCCUUCUUUUUUUUUUAUCGUGCCACCUCUUACGUGAAGUAUUUGCAGCACUGAUGUGUGAGCAUUAACGUGCGUCUAUGUGCCUUUUGGCAAGAAGAAAGAUGAAAUUUCACAAGUUGGAUUGAUGGGUAUUGCUUUUUUUUUUUUUGUCAACCAGUAAAAGAGCAAACAAAACGAAUCGGUGCUCUUUGUGAGCAGAUCUCAGUAUUAUGUAAGACGAAGCAAUACAGAGUUGUGUAAAAUGUAAGGGGCCACACAAUAUUUAUGUAUCUUUUGUUUUUUCCCUUAAAUUUGAUAGUUGUGUAGAAGUAUUUACUUUUUCUGUAGCUUGAUUUAGUUUUAUUUUUUUUUUGUGGUUCUAAUAAAUAUUUCAUUAUUGAUCAGUUCAUUUUUUUUCCACACUAAAAAUACAAAAAGGUGUAAAAAGAUGGACCAGUAUGUGACACUUGGAGCUGUCAGGAGACGUGUGUGUGUGUGUGUGUGUGUGUGUGUGUGUGUGUGUGUGUGUGUGUGUGUGUGUGUGUGUGUGUGUGUGUGUGUGUGUGUGUGUGUGUGUGUGUGUGUGUGUGUGUGUGUGUGUAAAUUUGUGGAGCCGAUUGCACCAUUUCUGUCAAACUGGAGUGAUUUUUACUGGAAGGCUGAUUAUCUUGAUGACUGAGUAAAGUGACGAGUUGAUGCUGUGUAGACGUAUCUAGAUGAAUGAAGCCCUACUUCAGGGAUGAGCACUAGUGCCGUGCCAUACCAUCCUUUAUUAUUCUUUUCCUUAAUUUGCUCUUUGGUGUAACAACCGCGUCUGCCCAUUUCAAUGUUCUGAAGUCACUAACGGAUGUUUCCUGUUGAGAUAUACUAAUUUGUUUUGCUGCUGAAAAUGACAAUCCUUGUCAUGUGAGGUGCAAAAUGAAUGAGUAAUAUCCAUUCUUAGUUUUGAUAAUUUACACUGCACAGAUGUUUCUACAGUGCUUUUGUAAACAUUUAUAGUGUAUUUGCAAAAAAAUAAAGUUGCAGUCAAGUGCAAAAUUCA